AUGAGCUCCGCUCCUCAUAUGAGAUGGCACUAUGAACAUAGAAGGCCAACCGGUGUUCUAUGUCACCCGUCAGAUGGAGAAGCAUGGAAGCAUUUUGAUAGGAUGUUCCCGGACUUUGCAAGUGAACCAAGAAAUAUUAGGUUGGGAUUAUGUGCUGAUGGAUUCACUCCAUUUGCAGUCUCCGCCGCACCAUAUUCAUGUUGGCCAGUGUUUGUUACGCCGUAUAAUCUUCCUCCAGAGUUUUGUAUGACAAGUCCAUAUUUGUUCCUAACUUGCAUUAUUCCAGGUCCACGCAAUCCAAAAAGUUUGAUUGAUGUAUACAUGCAGCCGUUGAUUGAUGAGUUAAAGUUAUUGUGGCAUCAAGGUGUGGAAACCUAUGAUAUAUCAACUAAACAGAACUUCAGAUUGCGUGCCGCUUUAAUGUGGACUAUAAAUGAUUUUCCUGCUUAUGGAAUGCUAUCCGGGUGGUCUACUGCUGGAAAGUUAGCCUGCCCGACUUGCAUGGAAGACACAAAAGCGUUCACUUUGAAACAUGGAGGUAAGAACACAUGGUUUGACUGUCACCGUCGUUUCUUGCCAAUGGAUCAUGAAUUUAGGAGAAACACUAGUGCAUUUAUGAAGAAUCAAACUGAUUAUGAAGAGCCACCUUCAGUCUUGUCGCCAGAAGAAAUUUGGAAUAGAGUUAGGGAUCUACCUAAGGUAACAGAGUCUCCAUUGCCUAAUAAGAUACCUGGUUAUGGUGUUACCCAUAACUGGACUAAACAAAGCAUAUUUUGGGAGUUACCUUAUUGGAAGCAUAAUCUUCUAAGGCACAAUCUUGACGUCAUGCAUAUUGAGAAGAACUUUUUUGAUAAUUUGUUUAAUACUGUGAUGGAUGUCAAUAACAAGACAAAAGAUAACUUGAAGGCCAGGAUGGACUUGAAGGAAUAUUGUAGGCGAAGUGAGUUGUACCUUACAUACCUGAACAACAAGAUUCAGAAGCCCAAGGCUAGUUACACAUUCACUUUGGACGAGAGAAGAGAGAUUUGUCAGUGGGUUAAGAAUUUGAGUAUGCCGGAUGGAUACGCGUCAAACAUAUCUAGGUGUGUUGACAUGAAAGAAGGGAAGUUGAUGUCAAUGCAAAGCCAUGAUUGUCACAUUUUCAUGGAAUCAUUGAUGCCUAUUACGUUCAAUGCCUUGCCUGAUAGAAUAUGGAAGCCUAUCAUAGAGAUAAGCUUACUUUUUAAGGAGUUGUGUUCUAGCACAUUGAGGAUGGAGAAUCUAACUUACAUGGAGAGUAAUAUUCGCUUAACUUUAAAUAAGUUGGCGAAAAUUUUUCCUCUUGGUUUCUUCGAUGUAAUGGAGCAUCUUCCAAUUCACCUUGCGCAAGAGGCACGACUUGGAGGGCCAGUUCAAUAUAGAUGGAUUUACUUUGUGGGUACAUAUGGGCAGAAUGCUGUUUAUCCUAGGUUUUCAAAGUGGUUUAGAGAAUUUGUUCAUAAUCCAGCUAAUGGCAUACGUGAUCAAUUUCUGCAUGAUAUAGCUUGGGGACCUGAUCCUAGAGUUAGAAAGAUGUCUAGGUAUUGUGUUAAUGGGUACAAGUUCCAUACAAAAGAAUGGUCUAAGGGCAAGAAAACCAAUAAUAGUGGGGUGUGGGUGAAAGGUGAGGGGGGUGUUGAUUAUUAUGGUGUGAUUCAAGAGAUUUUAGAACUCGAGUACAGUGUUGGUUGGCCAAAGAAAAAGUUGGUACUCUUUUGGUGCAAGUGGUAUGAUCCAGCACCAAAUAGAGGUACGAAGGUGCACCCCCAGUACAAAAUAAUUGAAAUUAAGCACACGAGGGAUUAUCCAUUCUAUGAUCCAUUUAUCAUUGCACAAAAUGUAAAACAAGUGUAUUACACUCCUUAUCCUUUGUGCAAGAAUAAGUCCUCAUGGAGGGUGGUUAUUAAAACAAAACCCGUGGGUAGAGUGGAAGUCGAGGAUGUUUUGGAUGUAGCGUACCAAAAUGACAUUUCAACUGUUGAAGCAUUGGUAGAUGAUGAAUUAGCAGGUGAAUUACACCAUAGCGAAGGCAUCUAUGAAGAAUUUGAUAUUUCUGUCCUUAGAUCAAAUUUAAAUGAUGAUGGGGAAGGAACAUCCGGGGCAAAUGAGGAGGAAGACCCAGCCAAUUAA